AUGGCUCUCAUUGAUUGUGAAAAAUCAAUUGGUUGCAAAAUACCACAUCGGCAUCAAAAAAUUGAUUUAAGCACUCGACAGAAACGCAGCUCGAUUCGAAAAAAAAAAAUUGAAAAUCUUCCAGAAGACGAUGAUGAGUUAUUUCUUUUGUCACUCUUGCCUGAGCUGAGGUCGGUUCCAACGCAUUAG